GUGCUCCAGUUUUCAGUGUUCAUUUGUUAGAAGCAUAAAGAAAAUUAAUAAUAAUAUCCAGAUACAAUGACAGGUUACAUUCCCACUGCCAAAAAAGAUGAUGAGCUCAAAAAUGACAAUGAUGAAAAUGUCGAAGAGGAACCGGAAGAUCCCAGUAUGAUACGCAUCGGUGUUAUAGCGGACACAGAGGUAACACUGGGUUUAUUGCUCGUCGGCAUUGGUUAUCAUCGUCAAAAAUUUCGCAACUAUUUAAUGGUGGAACGGGAUACGCCGCUGUCGGAAAUUGAGGAGUUUUUUCAUACGCUAUAUAAAAGACCUAAUAUUGGAAUUAUUCUAUUAGAUUAUCCCACCGCAAAGCGGAUGAAUCACAUUUUGGACAAGUGCAAAAAGCUGCUGCCCGUGGUUGUCAUUUUGCCCACAAAGGCGUCCAUUAUACCCUAUAUGGAGGAGAAGGAUCGAUUGCGUCGCCAGCGGCAGAGAGAUGUAUAUAAUUAGGAACAACAAUAAAUUCAUGUAUCUGGAUAAAAAAAAAAAAAAAAA